AUGGUCAUGGACUACGCCGAGGGGGGAGACCUCGCUUCAGUGAUCAAGAUCAUGCAGGCCAGAGACGAAAGGCUCCCAGAGGACUGGUCGCGCGCCGUCGCCAAGCAGGUGGCGUCCGCGCUGGCCUACAUGCACUCGGAGGGCGUGAUCCACUGCGACCUCAAGCCGGGCAACACCAUGCUGCUCAGGAAGUUCAGCCUUGGGGAGGCCAGCGAGAUAUUCCCGCACGUCCUGCUCGACUUCGGGCUGGCGGAGAUCUUCGACGGCGAGGAGGCCGCGGGCGGGAAGCCGGCGGUGAAGGGCACGCCGGCCUACCUCGCGCCGGAGGGGUUCGAGGGCCGCCUGACCUGCAAGUCCGACGUGUGGGCGCUCGGCGUGAUGGUCUUCGAGAUGCUGACCAACGAGCGGCCCUUCAGGGGCUCCACCAACGUGUUCAUGCUGUUCUGCCAGGUGGCGAACACGCACCCUCCCCUCGACAGGCUGCCGCAGCUGGCGCAGGACUUUGUCCGCGAGGUGAUGCAGAAGGACCCGGACGACCGUCCUCAGGCCAGUCAGCUGCUGAUCUUCCAGUGGUUCCUCGACCAGCAGAGGAGGCUGACCGCCGGGCUGUCCAAGACCUUCGACCUCGAGACCCUGGGCCACGCGAGCUACUUCCAGCGCGCGGUGAUGUUCUGCAUGGCCGUGGGCCUGGGCGCCAACAACGCCCCCGGCCAGGACAUGGACGGCAUCUUCCACGCCUUCAAGCUCAUGGACGAGGACGAGUCGGGGACACUGACGGUCGACGAGCUGAAGAAGGGGCUCAAGCUGCUCGGCAUCCAGCAGAAUGCGGAGGCGCUGAUGCCCAUCCUGGAGACUAGACAUGAACCAGGACCACUGCGUCUCCUACACGGAGUUCCUGGCCGCCGCUCUGCGGCUGGAGGGCGAGGUCUCCGAGCGCCUCCUGCGCUACGCCUUCAGCCUCAUCCCGGACCAAGACGGGCAGAUAUCCAUGUCGGAGCUCCGCCAGCUGCUGCGCGGCAGGAGGGGGCACGUCUCUGA